AUGUUACUGUCAUCAGAAGAAGCUCUUGAAGUGUUCGAUCUGAAGAGUUACUCUGCUUCAGAGGAGGUUCUUCUGAGAUUGUUGCCAGUGGUCAAAGCCUCCAACAAAGCUAUACUGAGCAACUGCAACCUUUCAGAGAGAAGCUGUGAAGCUCUGUCCUCAGUUCUUAGAUCCCAGUCCUCCAGUCUGAGAGAGCUGGACCUAAGUAACAACAACCUAAUGGAUUCAGGAGCGAAGAUGCUGUUUGCUGAACUGAAGAGUCAGCACUGUACACUGGAAACAUUAAGAUUAAGUCUGUGCAACCUCUCAGAGAGAAGCUGUGAGGCACUUUCCUCAAUUCUUGGACUACAUCCCACAUCUUUAAAAGAACUGGACCUGAGCAACAAUGACCUGAAGGACUCAGGAGUAAAGAUGCUUUCUGCUGGACUGAAGAGUCCACAAUGUACAUUGGAAAUUCUAAGGCUUUCAGGUUGUAUGAUCACAGAAGAAGGAAGUAAUGAUUUGGCUUCAGCUCUGAGCUCCAACCCCUUCCAUCUGAGAGAACUGGAUUUGAGCUACAAUCAUCCAGGAUACUCAGCAGUAAAGCUUCUGUCUUCUGGAGUGAAGGAUUCACACUGGAGACUUGACACUUUGAGGGUGGAGCCUGCUGGAGUCCAAUGGUUGAGACCAGGUCUGAGGAAGUAUGCCUGUGAACUUACAAUUGACAUGAACACAAUUAGCAGAGAACUUCAUCUGUCUGACAACAACAGGAAGGUGACACGUGGACGACCAUUUCAGUCAUAUCCUGAUCAUCCAGAAAGAUUUGAACGGCCUCAGUUUCUGUGUCGUGAUCCCCUGAGGGGUCGCUGCUACUGGGAGGUUGAGUGGAGAGGAUAUUCUGAUCUAUCUGUAAGUUACAGCAAAAUCAAAAGGAAAGGAAGAAAUAAUACUGGUGCAUUUGGAUGGAAUGAUCAUUCCUGGAGUUUGUGGUUCUCUGAAAGUAAUCCUUACUGUGUCUCUUACAAUAACAAAAAAACACAUAUCUCCUCCUCCUCCUCCGUCUCUAACAGAGUAGCAGUGUAUGUGGACUGUCCUGCUGGCACUCUGUCCUUCUACAGAGUCUCCUCUGACACUCUGAUCCACCUCCACACCUUCAACACCACAUUCACUGAACCUCUUUAUCCUGGAUUUACACUCUGGGAUAGAGCCUCAGUGAGUCUGUGUGUACUUUAGUAUAAAGAGUGUCCUCUUGUUAAAAAUAUUCUCAGUUGAAUUUGUAUCUGAGUACAGUUAAAUCUGUAAAUAUCUGUCUAUUUCAUUUAGACACAUUUUCAGAUUCCUGGAUUAAGACAAAUUUAAAAACUGCUCAGAGACAUUCAGACAUUAUUACCUAAAGAAGUUUUCGUUCACCCUCUUUUUAUUCAUACUCACUCUUACAAUACUGAAAUGAUAACUAUGCUGUAACCUGUUUGUGAUGUAUAAAUAACCAGGAAAUUAUUAUUAUGUUACAAAUUAUGUUUAAAUUUUUGCAGUUGUAGACAAUGUUCCUUGUUUUUUACACUGCAUCUGUUUUUUAUAGCAUGUAUUUGGUGUUUAAAACAAAAUGCUGUGUUAUGUUUUUUAGCCAAAAUCUGAACAAAUUAGAAAACAUCUUAAAACUGAGACCUUCGGUUGCCUUUAACAGCCUGUUGACUCGGUUGUUUAUAAAGAACCAGGGAUCAAUUUCAUAUGAACAAAAACAAAAAGAAAAGAAAUGACAGUUAAGGUUACUCACAGUUGCCUUGCCCCAAUGUUUAACUUCUAGUCUCUUAAUCUAAUGUUAUCUUUUAAAUAAAGUGCACAAAUGACUAAUAUCACCAAAUAUGUAACUCCACCCGGAGUAACUAGGGACAUAUCCAUACAAGUUCAACCCAAACUUGCCUGAACCUAAGUGGGGGGCUUUUUUCUUUCUUAAACAAUCUGUGAAUAUUUUACACAUUUGCAUUAGAAUGGCCGAUAUUUAUUUUCCUCCAAUGGAAUAAAUUGUUUCUACUCAUUCUUUCUGAGGUUUAAGCAAUUAAUCCAGCCGAACA